CUCUGCUUAACUUACAAGAUCAGACAGGAUCUGGUACCUCUAGGCAGGAUACUCAUACUAAGGUAUUAAUUCUUAUCACAACAAUAUAAUUUGAUGGUGAUCUGUAAAUAACCUGCUACUAUCUAUACUAAUGCAACAAUGUAUUAGCUUUACAGGGUGUUUAAGCAGAGCAUCUUUGACAUCUUUGCCCUGAGAUGGAUGGAGGAAGAAUAAGUUUGAUCCUGUUUGUGGCUUCAUUGAUGCAAUAAAACACAGAUGGAUGACCCAGACUCAGUUGGUCCUGAAGGAGGAAGAGCCGCUGAUGGCCUCAUUGCAGAGGAUACUGGGGGAUUCUGGGAGAGGACGGUCCAGAGGUCCCUGGGUGAGGGCCUGGCCAGUUCAGACAUGCAGCACCAGCGCUUCAGCCAGUUCUCCUACGAAGAGGGCGAUGGGCCCCGGGAAGUUUGCAGCCAACUCCACCAUCUCUGCCGCCAAUGGCUGAAGCCAGAGCAACACACCAAAAAUGAGAUCCUGGACCUGGUGAUCUUGGAGCAGUUCCUGACCAUCUUGCCCCCCAGAUAUGAAGAACUGGGUCAAGGAAUGUGGGGUAAAGACCUGUUCCCAGGCGGUGGCCCUGGCAGAGGGUUUCCUUCUUAGUCAGGCAGAGGCAGAGAAGAAGCAGAAAGAGAACCAGGUGAGAGUGUUUCCUCAUGGAGCAAAGAAUCCCAUGGUAGAAGUUCACUCUGAAUUCCCUGUGGCUGAGAAGGCGCCGUUGGAUCCCAGGCAGAGACCACAAUGGAGGCCAAUCAAGCAGGAGUGUGAUGGAAGCGCCUUCUUGCAAGGUGUGCAUUGGUCCAAGAUGGUCUCCAAAUGUAGGGAGAGAGGAGAAUCAACAUUGAAAGCUUUCUCCAUGGAAGAAACUGCAGGAAAGAUGAUCUUGGAACAGAUGACCUUUUGGGAUGUCGAUAUAUAUUUCACAGAGGAGGAAUGGGAACUGUUGGAUCAGAACCAGAGAUUUUUAUACAAGGAGGUGACGAUGGAAAACUAUGAGAAUGUUUCUUCCCUGGGUGACCUUGUGAAUCAUCAGAGAAGCUACACAGGACAAAAACCAUAUAAAUGUCAAAAGUGUGGGCAAUUGUUUGCUCAUAAAUCACACCUUCAAACACAUGAGGGAGUCCAUACAGGAGAGAAACCAUACAAAUGCCAGCACUGUGGUAAAUGUUUUGGUCACAAGUCUAACCUUGUGAAGCAUCAGAGAGUCCACACAGGAGAGAAACCAUACAAAUGCCAGGAGUGUGGAAAAUGUUUUGCUCACAAGUCAGACCUUGUAAAUCAUCAGAGAGUUCACACAGGAGAAAAACCAUACAAAUGCCAAGAGUGUGAGAAAUAUUUUGGUCACAAGUCUAACCUUGUGAAGCAUCAGGGAGUCCACAAAGGAGAGAAACCAUACAAAUGCCAGGAGUGUGAGAAAUGUUUUGCUGACAAGUCAAACUUUAAAAGGCAUCAGAAAGUCCACACAGGAGAGAAACCAUACAGAUGUCAGCAGUGUGGAAAAUGUUUUUCUGACAAGACUUCCUUUAUAUAUCAUCAGAAAUUCCACACAGGAGAGAAGCCAUAUGGAUGCCAGCAGUGUGGGCAAUGUUUUGUUGAAAAGUCUUCUCUUGUGAAGCAUAAGCGUCUUCACACAGGAGAUAAACCAUACAAAUGUCAUGAGUGUGAAAAAUGUUUUGCUGACAAGUCAAACCUUUCAAGGCAUCAGAAAAUCCACACAGAAGACAAACCAUACAAAUGCCAACAGUGUGGGAAAUGUUUUGUUCGCAAGUCACAACUUGAGAGUCAUCAGAGUCUCCACACAGGAGACAAACCAUACAACUGCCAGGAGUGUGAUAAAUCUUUUGCUGAUAAGUCAAACUUUUCAAGGCAUCAGAGAAUUCACACAGGAGAGAAACCAUACAGAUGCCAGCAGUGUGGAAAUUUUUUUUCAGACAAGCCUUCUUUUGUGCAUCAUCAGAAAGUCCACACAGGAGAGGGGCCAUACAGAUGCCAGCAGUGUGGAAAAUGUUUUGUUCACAAAUCAGAACUUGUGCAUCAUCAGAAAGUCCACCCAAGAGAGAAACCAUACAAAUGCCUUGAGUGUGAGAAAUGUUUUGCUGACAAGUCAAACUUUAGAAGGCAUCGGAAAAUCCACACAGGAGACAAAUCAUACAAAUGCCAACAGUGUGGAAAAUAUUUUGUUUGCAAGUCACAACUAGAGAGUCAUCAGAAAGUCCACACAAGAGAUAAGCCAUACAAAUGCCAGCACUGUGGGAAAUGUUUUGUUGAGGAGUCUUCCCUUGGGAAGCAUCAAAGUUUCCACACAGGAGAGAAAUCAUGCACAUAUCAGCAGUGUGGGAAGGGUUUUGCUCACAAGUCAGACCUUGUGCAUCAUCAGAAAGUCCACACAGGACAGAAACCAUAGAAAUGCCAGCAAUGUGGAAAAUGGUUUGAUCAAAGGCCACAUCUUGAAAGUCUAAGAAUCAUUCAGGAUCAUAGAAUGAUUGGAUUGGAAAAGACCUCAAGGGCCAUCAGGUCCACCCCCUGCCAAGCAGGAAUACUAAAGCAAAGCAUCCAGCCUCUGUUUAAAACCUCCAAAGAAGGAGACUCUGCCACAAUCCAAGGAAGUG